AUGAUCCUGAGGGUGGUCAUAGCGUUAGCCUUUUGUGCGCCGCACACGCACACGGCAAGGAUUCUUAUUAUCGUGCCCACACCGGCAUACAGCCAUCAGCUGAUCUUCCGCCCAAUAAUCGAAGAGCUAACCAAGAACCAUCAAGUAACAUUUAUAACCACGAACCCAGCGUAUCCGAAGGGAGAUACCCCACGGAACCUCACGGAAAUCGACGCGGGUCCGAUCUCUUAUUCGCUGUGGAACCAGGAAGUUUCAAUAACUAAAUUCGGGAAAGACAACUUUAUUUACGACGGCGUAAAUGUUAUUUUUGAGGUUAUGCCGAAGAUAUUUGCAGAGCAACUUCGUUUGGCGGAUGUUGAGAAAUUGAUCCGUAAUGCCCAAUUCGAUCUGCUAAUUUUAGAAGCUUGGUUUCAACCGAUAUUGAUCUGGUCGUACCUGUACAAAGUUCCAGUGCUGCAGAUCAGUUCCAUGGGCACUAGUCCCGGCAACCCUGACACCAUGGGCCUGCCCGACUAUUGGACUUAUCACCCUUCGUUAUUUCAUCAGAAGAUCUACGACCUAACGACCUCGGAAAGGAUUAGCGAAAUGCUUAGAUAUCUGCACGUGCAAUCGGUUUUUGAUGCGAACGAGGCCAAAGAGGAUGAGAUUUUAAAAGGUAUUUUCAAUGAUGCACCUCCUCUUAGGAGUUUAAGGAGGAACGUGGACGCCAUGCUCUUGAACUUGAACCCGUUGUGGGACAAUAACCGUCCUUUGCCGCAGAACGUUCAUUACAUCGGGAAUAUCAAUCGUAAUCCUGCGAAGGAAUUGCCAAGGGAUCUCCAAGCGUAUUUGGAUUCAUCUGACACCGGCGUGAUCUACAUGAGCUUCGGCACAAACGUUCCUCCUUCAAAGCUGCCUCGUCAGCUGACGCAGAUGUUCGCGAGCGUAUUCCGUGAGCUGCCGUACAAGGUGCUGUGGAAGUGGGACCUCGACGUGGUGGAGGGGAUGCCGGAGAACGUCAAGACCGGACGGUGGUUCCCGCAGGCUGAUGUCUUCAGACAUCCGAACGUGAAGCUGGUGAUAACCCAGGCAGGGCUGUAGACGUCAGAAGAGGCUAUAGAAUGCGGGCUACCUCUGAUCGGGAUACCAUUCCUGGCUGAUCAAUGGCUGAACGUGGACAAUUACGUUCACCACGGCAUGGGGUUGUAUCUGGAUGCGGAAACCGUUACUGCUGAGGAGUUCAAAGCGGCCAUUGUGGAAGUCAUAGAGAACGAUAAGUACCGGAGUAGCGUGUUGAGAUUCCGUGGCCUGGUGAGCGACGUCCGGCUGUCCCCGGCGCAACGCGUGGCCUGGUGGACGGAGCGCCUGCUGCGGCCCGGGGGCGCCGCCCACAUGCGCGCGCCGGCCGCAGACAUGCACCUCCUGGACUAUCUGAACCACGAGCUGCUUCUCCUCGUCGUCUGCUGCUGUGUGUGCGUCAGCAGCCUCAUCGCUUGGACCGCUGUGCUUAUUCUGAAGUCACUUCUUAAGGGUUUCGGAAUUAAAAUUUGA